UAUAAUCUAUCUAGGACUACAACUAAAGCAUGCAUGCAAUUCAUCAUACAAUUCAAUUACACAAUUUACAAACAUAAAGUACCAACCAUAUAAUAUAUUUUAAAUAAGAGGAAAUGAGGAACUAACCUUGUCAUUGAAAAAGUUAUCAUCAAGUAUAUCAUUAACUGACCAUGAGAUUAGAUGAUCAAUAAAGGUAAAACCAGCAUCAUCUACAUAUUUUAUCUUCUUCAUUUUCUUUUCAAACUCUAUAUAAUCAAAGAAAACAUGCAUGCAAAAAUUUAAAAAUUUAAAAUAAAAUAAAAAGACUAGAUAUUAAGAAUGGAUUGAACAAAGAAACACAAAUAAACCCAGUUGUAACAUUUCAAUGUUUAUAAGAUUCUGGGUAUUUUUUUUUUUUAUUUAUUGUGUUUUGAGUGGGAUUUUUCUGGAAAUUUGUGGGAAUUUUGAGUGUAGAGUCGGGCAAUUGAGAUGAGACGAUACAGAUUACGAGUAGGAGUAAUAACUAGUGCAGCUACAGUAGCUGUACAGUCGCAGAACAAGGUAGUGUAAUCGUUUCCCGCCAUUUUGUUCUACGUCACUACACUAAAGAGUAAAGACCAUUAAUUUUGUUGUUGUAACUUGUAAUUGAUCGAUAUAGAAUGUGAAGAGUUGCUAAAUGUAGAGCGCUUCUGAGUUCUAGGACCUAGAGUUGGGCACAAGCAAAUAUAUAAUAAUGACAAUUUUAUAAAUAAUGACUUUUUAAGAGUACUAAUGAGAGGCAAUAUUAUACUACUGAACAUUCUCAGUUGUCCUAUAUAUGAUUUCAGUAGUACAAAAGACACACUCUAAGUAGUACUGAAAAAAACAUCUCAGUAGUACUAAUAGGACUUUCAGUAGUACAAAAGACUGUUAUGCAAUUUUGUUUGUGUCUAACGAUGAUAUAUUAGGACUUUCUCCUAAAUGUAUGACAUAAAUUUCUUUUGAAUAAUGUUGUGUUUUUCCCGUUUAUACUUUACUUUAUAAGGUAGGAGACACACGUACAUCGCGUGUAUAGUACUUGUAUAAGAAAUCUAUAUGGCUCAUUUUAUUUUUUCCUGAAAUAUUAUCUAUCUUACUCUAAUAAAAAUAUUAAUCGGUUUAAAAAUUAUGAAGUCGUGAAGACUGAGACUCCCUUCCAAAAAAAAUGGUAAUUUUUUUUUUUUUAAUGAAUUGGUAGCUUUUAAUUUUUUUGAUAAAGGAUUUUUUUUUAAAAAAAAGGAUGGUAAUUUAUGUUUGGACAAUGUUGGGCUAGACUGCUAGAGUGUGUUUUUAAGUGGCUUGAUGGGUUGCAAAGUAAUAGCCUAGAUUUGUAUUUGGGUGAAUACUUAGCCUAGAAAGGCUUCAUGUGGACAUGAUAGGGCGUCCAAGUCCAACCUUAAAUCCAAUGGCCUACUCCGUAUUAAUGAAGAACCUACAAGCUACCAUAAUUAAUUAAUCCAUCAAACAUGGGAAAAGCUUUCAUAGAUAGAGCCAUACAGGAAUGAACUCACAAAGUCAAACAUGUAGCUCAGCCUAGGAAGAUCGAUUCAUUUCUACCAAAUUUAUGUUCGAAUUGAGUCAGUUUUAUCAAUUUUAAACCAAGCUAAACUCAAAUAGAUAACAUUCGUUGAAAGGCUAACCACGCGUUUAACUCUUAAUUCUCUUGCUAAUAAUUUUUUCUCAAUCCAACCCCCAUUUUUAUCCAUUAACUACUACUUCAUGGUCAACCGACAAACUUUAUCAAGAAAUGUCAUGUUGAAUAAUGAAUGAUAUGACCAGCUCUCCAAAGUUGACUAAACUUUGCACUAAAAUAGUAACAAGAUAAACACAAAGAUUAAUAUAUUAUUAUGUCAACAAAACCACCCCUUAAAUUAUAUAUAUAUAUCCCUCUAAUAUCAUUCUUCAAAGCAUCAAAAACACAAACUCUACACACAAAAAAAUAAAAUAAAAAUGACAACAAUGUUAAAUAACAAUAUUAGCAUAUGGUUUUCAUUUGUUGUGUUACUGAUUAUAUAUAGUGUACAAGUUGAAGGUCAAAACUGCCGAACAACGGGCUAUUUUAGAGCCACAAGCCCUCCACCAGGAAAAUGCAGCACCAACUGUUGUAUCCAAAACACAGUUUACUUCACCUUUCAAUGCUCCCCUUCAGUAACCUCCCAAACACCGGGAAUGCUCACACUUAGAGCCUUUCAGAACAGCCAGUCCAAGUGUGACAACGCCUACCAUACCGACAACUCACUGGUGGUUGCACUCUCGACAGGGUGGUAUAAUAGUGGGGCACGGUGUGGGAAGAUGAUCGCAAUAAGUGGGAAUGGGAAGACUGUGAAGGCUAAGGUGGUUGAUGAGUGUGAUUCUACAAAGGGGUGUGAUGCAGGGGAGGGUUAUCACCCACCUUGUGGGUAUAACAUUGUUGCUGCUUCUAAGGCUGUUUGGAAGGCUCUGGGGGUCCCACAGAGUCAGUGGGGCCAACUCAAUAUUACUUGGGCUGAUGCUUAAGAUGAAGAAUAUGUUAUAAGAUCUUUUAUAAUAGCAAGUAUUAUGAGCUAAUGUAGUAAAAUCUUGGUAAAAUAAAGCUCAAUUUCAUCACAGCAAACAAAUUAUCAUGUACUCAGUUCCACAAGAAUAAAAUCUCCCUGGAGAUGCAAAUGAUGUCACGUCCAGAUUAAGUUGAUACACUACGUAUGCAUCUAGUUCAAAUUACACUAUCAAAAUGACAACUAACUUCGUACCUUUAG